AUGACUUCACAAGAUUACAAGUUCGAAGGAUGGCUUGCCAGUGAUGCCUCAGCUGCAAACGGCACUAUGCAGUGGAAGGAGUUCGAGCCUAAGGUUUGGGAAGAGACUGAUAUUGAUAUCAAAAUCACCCACAGCGGCAUAUGUGGUUCCGACUUGCACACCCUACGCAGUGGAUGGGGGCCUACGCUGUACCCGUGCUGCGUCGGGCAUGAAAUCGUUGGUAUUGCCGUUAAAGUUGGCUCACAGGCGGAAGGUGGCAUCAAAGUCGGUGAUCGUGUCGGCGUUGGUGCUCAGGGAGAAUCAUGUCUCGGCCGCAAGGGACCAUGCGAGGAAUGUGCCUCAGGUAAUGAGAGAUACUGCGGCCGCCACUGGGCUGGGACUUACAAUGGAACUUUCAUGAACGGGAGCAAGUCGUAUGGUGGCUAUGCCCUUUACAACCGCAGCCCUUCCCGUUUUGUUGUGAAGAUACCUGACGCCAUCUCGUCUGCGGAUGCGGCUCCCAUGCUUUGCGGUGGAGUUACAACUUAUACUCCCUUGAAGCGGAAUGGCUGUGGUCCGGGUAAAACCAUUGGCGUUAUUGGAGUGGGCGGACUGGGCCAUUUUGCUAUUCUCUUUGCAAAGGCUCUAGGAGCUGACAAAAUAGUUGCUAUUUCCCGCAAGGGGAAUAAAAGGGACGAUGCACUGAAGCUCGGUGCAACCUCCUAUAUCGCAACAGACGAGGAUAAGGAUUGGGCGCAGGAAAAUGGCCGGUCUCUAGAUCUCAUAAUCUCUACCGUCUCUUCGUCGAAGAUGCCUCUGGCACAAUAUGUUUCCCUACUGAAAGUUGACGGCACGUUAAUUCAAUUGGGGAACCCUGAGGAUGGCUCUUUAUCUAUACCUGCCGGCAUGCUGAUCAUGAGAGGUGCCAAACUGGGUGGAUCAGUCAUAGGUUCCCCAGGCGAUAUCCGAGAGAUGUUGGAAUUAGCUGCAGAGAAGCAGCUGAAGCCCUGGAUUGAAGAGCGGCCUAUGGAUGAUGCAAAUAACGCCAUUGUGGACAUGAACAACGGAAAAUCACGAUAUCGUUAUGUGCUAGUAAAUAAGUGGUAG